AUGGACAGUGAAUUUGACUUGUGCUUUUUGUUCACCAUUGGUGCUAUAGCCAUCACUUAUGUGUCUAUUUAUUCAACUCUAUUAACAUCUAUCUAUCUAUCUAUCUAUCUAUCUAUCUAUCUAUCUAUCUAUCUCUGUUGCAUAGCCUUUUAUAUCAAGUCACUUCAUAUCUAUCUAUCUAUCUAUCUAUCUAUCUAUCUAUCUAAGGAGUUGACAGCCAUCAUGUUGCAUAGCCUUUUAUAUCAAGUCACUUCAUCUAUCUAUCUAUCUAUCUAUCUAUCUAUCUAUCUAUCUAUCUAUCUAUCUAUCUAUCUAUCUAAGGAGUUGACAGCCAUCAUGUUGUUAGCCUUUUUAUAUCAAGUCAACAUAUCUAUCUAUCUAUCAUUCUAUCUAUCUAUCUAUCUAUCUAUCUAUCUAUCUAUCUAUCUAUCUAAGGAGUUGACAGCCAUCAUGUAUGAAUUUCAUAUCUAUCUAUCUAUCUAUCUAUCUAUCUAUCUAUCUAAGGAGUUGACAGCCAUCAUGUAUGUAUGUACGUAUGUAUGUAUCUAUCUAUCUACCUCCAUCUCUUCAUAUCUAAAUUUCUGUCUACCUCAAUGUCUUCAUAUCUUUCUAUCUACGUCAGUCUCUUCAUAUCUAUCUAUCUAUCUAUCUAUCUAUCUAUCUAUCUAUCUAUCUAUCUAUCUAUCUCCGUCUAAUCUGUUCACAUCUAUCUAUCUAUCUAUCUAUCUAUCUAUCUAUCUAUCUCUCUCAUCUGUUCAUUAUCUAUUUAUCUAUCUCAAUCUCUACAUAUCUGUCUAUAUAUAUCUAUCUCUUUAUAUUAACUUCUAUCUCAGAAGCUACUUAGCUAGGCUUUUCUUAUCUAUCUAUCUAUCUAUCUAUCUAUCUAUCUAUCUAUCUAUCUAUCUAUCUAAUCCAUCUCUUUAUUAUCUAUCUAUCUGCUUCAAACGUUCAUAUCUAUCUAUCUAUCUAUCUAUCUAUCUAUCUAUCUAUCUAUCUAUCUAUCUAAGUCUCUUCACUAUCUCUCUAUCUCUUCACUAUCUAUCUCAGUCUCUUCACUAUCUAUCUCAGUCUCUUCACCAUCUCUCAUCUCUUCACUAUCCAUCUCAGUCUCUUCACUAUCUAUCUCAGUCUCUUCACUAUCUAUCUCAGUCUCUUCACUAUCUAUCUAUCUAUCUAUCUAUCUAUCUCAGUCUCUUCACUAUCUUUCUAUCUAUCCAUCUAUCUAUCUAUCUAUCUAUCUAUCUAUCUCAGUCUCUUCACUAUCCAUCCAUCCAUCCAUCCAUCUCAGUCUCUUCACCAUCUUACUAUCUAUCUAUCUAUCCAUCUAUCUAUCUAUCUAUCUAUCUUUCCAUCUAUCUCAGUCUCUUCACCUAUCUAUCUAUCUAUCUAUCUAUCUAUCUAUCUAUCUAUCUAUCUAUCUCAGUCUCUUCACUAUCUAUCUAUCUAUCUAUCUAUCUCAGUCUCUUCACUAUCUAUCUAUCUAUCUAUCUAUCUAUCUAUCUAUCUCAGUCUCUUCACUAUCUAUCUAUCUAUCUAUGUAUCUAUCUAUCUAUCUAUCUAUCUAUCUAUCUAUCUAUCUCAGUCUCUUCACUAUCUAUCUAUCUAUCUAUCUAUCUAUCUAUCUUUCUAUCUCAGUCUCUUCACUAUCUAUCACUGUGUUCCUGA